AUGACUAUAACUCUAGUUAAGCCUAUAAGGGGCACCCAUACGCAGAAGUUUCGUUCAAUAAAAGACCUACCACCUCUAAUUAUUGGAGGUGCGGUAUUUAAUUAUAUUUAUACUUCGGACCCGGCUGGUAUUCCAGCUUACGAUUUGCUAGAUCUUGCGUUUAAGAACGGGUUAUUGGCUCUAGAUACUUCUCCAUAUUAUGGUAGGUCAGAGGAGCUUUUAGGUAAAGCGUUGAAGCAAUUAGAGGACAAAUGGGAGCGAGAGUCAUACUUUAUUUGCACCAAAGCUGGAAGAAUCGGCGAGAAGGAAUUUGAUUAUUCGAAAGACGGAGUAAGGAAAUCUGUGUUAAGGUCACUCGAAAGAUUAAAUACUACAUACCUUGAUUUAGUGUACAUGCAUGAUGUUGAGUUUGUAACCGAAGAGGAAAUUUAUGAUGCAUUGAAAGAAUUACGCUUAAUGAAAGACGAAGGAUUGGUGAAAAACAUAGGUAUUUCAGGGUAUCCAGUGAAGUUAUUAUACCGGGUUGCCUUGCAAUGUAAUACGAACUAUUCCGGUACAAUCGGUCCUUUGGAUGCUGUUUUGUCGUAUUCGAACGGAUGUCUUCAGAAUACGAUAUUAUAUGAUUUAUACCAGGACUUCUUUGAUAAGUGUGGAAUACAGAAGUUAAUGAACGGGUCAAUCUUGAGUAUGUCGUUAUUGAACUCCAGAAAGACUCUCGAUUUCCAUCCGGCUUCGCAGGAAUUAAAAGAUAAGAUUGCAGAAAUUGCAGAGUAUUUGAAAGUUAACCAUAAUAAUUUAGAACUUGCAGAUUUGUCUACAAGAUUUGCGUAUAUGACGUGGUUAUUCGGAAGUUCAAAUAAAGAAGUAGGUUUCCACGAUUUGACCUGGAACCAAAAUUGUUCGAUCGUUUUGGGUGUUUCGGGUAUUGAAGAGUUGGAAGCGGCCAUAAGUAACUAUUGGCUUGUGAAGGAGAACAUAGGAAAUGUGAAUGAUAAGGAUCAGAUUCUUUUUACUAAAGUAAAGAGGCGUCUUGGCCCAAAACACUAUAAUGAGACUUGGGAAAGUGGCCUUGAACAACAUAACAAUUAUUAG